AUGGCGCACAAAUCUUGGGAAUUUCCUCCUGGCUUGACAAGCAAUUUUCUAAGCAACGCCAUGACGUUCUGCGAAGAGCUGCAGAUUAUGCCCGAUGAGAUAUCCGAAAAUCCCACAAGGUUACUAAAGAGCGGCACAGCCCGGCAGUUUGAGGAUCUGGCGACGGAAUUGAACAUGAGAGAAAUCACGCGCACACGUCUCCUCCGCCGCGCCGAGCCGCUGGACGCGGACUUCCUGGCCGCCACGCAACGCUUCCCCGACGAGGCGAUUGGGUCGCUGCUGCUCUGGCUGCAGGCGGCCACGAAUCAGUCGCCUGGGGAGGACUUUCUUCGGCACUUUAGUAAAUUGCCUCCCUUCGUCACCCGCUGCCUCACUCUGCCGUGCACCAAGACGCAGCGCGCCGCGCUGCGGUGCGUCCUGAACCUGGCGCGCUGCCCAGCGUUGCGCGCCCAGCUCGGUCUGGCGCUGCCUCGGCUGCUGGAACUGCUAGAAGUGGAGGAGCUGCGAGGUGCGGCGGCUGGGGCCUUGUGCAACGUGGCAUGUGAAGCAACGGUACGUCCAAAAGCCCGAGUGGCCGUGCCAGUGUUGCUCUCAGCGUUGCCAAGCGCGGGGAAUGAGGCAGAGGAUAUGAUUGCAGCCCUUGGUGUUCUGGCAAAAGAUGCGGAUGCCGCGACGAUGGACACUAUGGUGGAGCCACUGCUGGCGUCUCUGCCGGACUUGACCAUGCAAUCGCAGCAAUUUGGGCUGACGUUGGAGGUGCUGAGCGAUUUGGUGCGUGCCAGCGGACCCGGCAGCAGCGUGUCCUUGCAAGUGGCACAGGAUGCCAG